AGAACCUGAACUUCAUAGACGCAUUUGGAAAGCCACCGUUCAUAAUUAGUUUCCAAUAAUACCCAAGUCAUUCUUUCACAGGCCUCAUCACAAAUCUCUAACAGAAAGGGAAACAAAUAAAAUGGCAAGUAGACAAGUAAGAUGUAACCAGUGUGGAUCAGUAUUAAUGGUUCCGGCGGCAGCGGUCCGUGUUGUUGAGUGCAGAGUGUGCCAUGGCAUGAACCAGAUUCGACCCUCCACAGGUCCAUGGAGUCAAGUAUACAACUCCUUUCAUCAGUUUGGAGGUCGUCUCAGAAGCUUUGUGAAUACCAUAAUGCCUGGUUCAGUUAACAGAAAUCCGGGUUAUUAUUAUGGGACGACACCUCAAUUAGGGUAUUAUCCUCGGCCAUCAUACAAUGUAUUUGGCCCAAAGAGGGCUGUCCUAUGCGGAAUUCGCUAUCAUGGGCAGGAUAGCCAGCAGCUAAACGGCACCGUGAAUGAUGUUAAAAACAUGAAUAUGUUUCUGGUUAAGUAUUGUGGGUUUCCUAGGGAAUCCAUUCUCAUUCUCACAGAUGAUAUGGAGGAGAGAGACCCGCUAAAAUUCCCGACAAAAUAUAACAUUCAAAUGGCCAUGAGGUGGCUGAUUGAGGGUAGCCAGUCAGGGGAUUCAUUGGUGUUCCACUUCGCAGGGCAUGGCGCUCAGAAACCGGAUAUGUCUGGAGAUGAACUUGAUAGGUCUGACGAAGUAAUAUGUCCUGUUGAUUCCAGAGAGCAGGGAAAUAUACUUGAUGAUGAGAUUAAUGCUACAAUUGUUAGGCCACUACCACGCGGUGCUAAACUUCAUGCCGUUAUUGAUUCAUGCCAUAGUGGAACUGUUCUUGAUUUAGCUUAUGUUUGGAGCCUGAGGGAAGGCUAUUGGACAUGGGAUUAUCAAUACUAUCGAGUUCGUAGACCUAAUAAAGACACAAGUGGAGGGGUAGCAAUUUGUAUUUCAGGUUGCCACGAUGAUCAAUCGUCCAAAGAAACCCCUGCCUUAAGUGGUGGCUAUGCGUUUACUGGCGCCUUUACUUAUAGUUUCAUCUAUACCAUGCUAAAUGAACCUGGACUAAGUUAUGGUCGCUUGCUCAGUGCCAUGCGUUCUAUCAUCCGUGGGAUACCAAAUGACCCAUAUGCUUCGCUCUUUAAUACAGAUUUUAUCUUUGCCUCAAGACAGGAUUUGCAGGAGCCACAGCUAUCCUCUUCCAUGGAGUUUGAUGUGUACGCAACCCGGGUUGUACUAUGAUGGUAAAUUCACGUUGGAAAAUAAUUAUGAGAUUUUAACAGUGUAGACUGUUGACAGAGAUUAAAGAUGUACUACUGUUCAAAAUAAAUUAAAUGAAGUAUUUGAGAUUCGUAACA